CGGCGAAGCUCCAUUGCACCGCGAUAUAAAGUCCAGCAUGAAAUCUUGCGUGACACGACCGGGAGGGUCCCCCUGCGGGACCGAUGCGCUCGACAGCAGUACUCUCGAUUCAGGUCACAAAUGGUGGGCUCUAUGUCGGUCGUGAACCGCACGAGUUCCUCAGCGUCUACGUCAACACAAGGCGUAUGUGUGGACUUGUAAGUGGACGGCGGAGGAACCUGGGAUGUCGAAGGGGUAUCCGCAGGUUGAGGGGUGUAUGUAGAGACGGGAGCCACGAAAAUGGAGGAAGGGUUAGGGGGAUCGGGCUCCAAGGAGAUGAGCUCAACGUCUGUACGGAGGGGAUCGUACUAAAGAAGAUCCAUGAUGUGCACCGAGUAGAGGGUGAUGUCCUCCUUAUGAACGAUGUGAGCGAACCCACGGGGAGUGGUGAAGGCAAUGUCCAGGUGGGACCCGGAAGGACGAGGGUCCUGGGGAGCCAACAUGGCAUUGGGGCCGUACUUGUGCAGCAGGAGGGGAAAAAGUUGCGGCCAGUAGAGUACAUGUCCAGAAAGAUGCCCUCUCAAAAGUUGGCCAAGUCCACCUAUGAGAAGGAGCUCUAUGUGAUCUAUAACGCGCUAACCCAUUGGACGCACUGCCUCCUAGGUCACUUCUUCUAUGUCAGGAGUGAUCAUCAGACCCUGAGAUGGAUGAAGACUCAACCGGUACUCUUCGACGCUCUGAAGCGUUGGAUCAAAGUCAUUGAGCAGUAUGACUUCGAACCCCAGUACAUCAAGGGGGAGUACAACAAGGUUGUUGAUGCGUUGUCGCGUAGGCCAGAUUUUCUCAGUGCAUUGGUCACUGAAUUUGGGCUUAUGGAUGAUGUUACUCACUCUUUGGUGGAAGCCUAUCGCGAGGAACGAUUCACAUCAGAGAUCAUACGCAGACUCGUGGCGAAGGAUAAAGCUACGUCUGAAGAGUUUGAGUUGAUCGAUGGCUUGCUGUUCCUUGAGAAGGCCGGGAAUAAACGUCUUUGUGUGCCUAAUCGGGAGUCUUUGCGUAGUUUAUUUAUAGGAGAGUGUCAUGAUGCCACCGAACAUUUUGGGUAUAGAAAGACUGCAGCAAAUUUGUCGCAGCGGUUCUGGUGGCCCACGAUGAUGAGAGAUGUCAAAUUGUAUGUUGAGACUUGUCAAGUUUGUCAACGUGACAAGCCCCGGACACAAGCUCCUCUUGGGCUUCUCAAGCCCCUUCCCAUUCUGGAAAGGCCUGGUGAAAGCAUGUCCAUGGAUUUCAUGGAUACACUAGUCACCAGCUACGUCAUCGUGGAUAGAUUUAGUAAGUAUGCUAGAUUAGUAGCUAUGCCCGAAACAGCAAAGACCGAGUACGUGAUCAGACUAUUUAAGGAAAAUUGGGUUAGAGACUUUGGCCUACCGGAGUCUAUAAUCAGCGACAGGGAUGUUUGAUUCACCAGUGAUUUGUGGAAGGCCGCCGAACAAGGAACGCAGUUGCAGAUGACAUCUGGAAACCCCUCGGAGGCAAAUGGACAGGAAGAGCAGAUGAACCACUGUUCAACACUUGUUGAGGCAUUACAUGAAGCCUAAUCAAGUGGACUGGGAUGAGAAGCUCACUCUCAUCGCCAGCCUGUACAACAACGCAGUUCAUAGUGCUACGGGAGUAAGUCCUAACAGCCUACUACUAACAUUCAAACCUAGACUCCCUCUUGACUUUUUGCUACCUGACAAUCAGCCCACUGCUGCUCCAGGAACUUUGGAAUUUGCUUAUAGAUAUGAGAAGCAUAUGUAGCAGGUUGUAGAACACAUGCACAAAGCACAAGCGGCGAUGAUCGAAUCUGAGAACAAACACUGCCGCCCAUC